AAUAAACAAACAAAAUUAAGAUAAAAUUGUAAUUAACUAUUUGUUAAGUGUAAUUGAAUGUAACGUUAAUCAACAAUAUGACUUCCGCGUUAUACUUAGAAUAGUAUUUAGAUAAUUUUCUCGUAGAUGGCGCUUUAAUGAAAUGUCACUUUAUGUUCCUAACCUAAAAAAAAUCGAGGGAAAUAAACAAACAUAGAAUUAAGAUAAAAUUGUAAUUAAAUAUUUGUUAAGUGUAAUUGAAUGUAACGUUAAUCAACAAUAUGACUUCCGCGUUAUACUUAGAACAGUAUUUAGAUAGUUUAGAGCACCUACCAAUAGAAUUACAACGUAAUUUCACAUUGAUGAGAGAUUUAGAUUCCAGAGCACAGACUUUAAUGCGUACAAUAGAUUCCCAAGCGGACGAAUACCUUAAAAAUCAAUCAACUCUUAGUCAAGACCAGCGAAAAGAACAAUUAGAUAAAAUACAGAGUUUGUUUAAUAAAGCCAAGGAAUAUGGUGAUGAUAAAGUACAAUUAGCAAUACAAACAUAUGAAUUGGUUGAUAAACACAUUAGAAGGUUGGAUUCGGAUUUGGCAAGGUUUGAAACUGAAAUACAAGAUAAAGCUGCAAAUUCGAGGAGUCAAGAUGAAUCUCAAAUCGGAAAAAGCAAACAGGGAAGGAAAAAGACUAAAGAUGGAAAAAGUGAGAAGAAAAAACGUGUUCAAUCAAGCGAAGAGGAAGCUGUUGAGGUUGUAAAAGGGAAUAAAAAGAAGAAACAUAAAGGUGUUGGAGCAACGGGAAUUACUGCAAAUUCUGUUAAUAGUGGGGCUAAAUCAACUACAGUUACUGAUAUUUCAUCUGUUCUUCCAAUAACACAUACAAGUGAUGUUUUGGAUAUGCCUGUAGAUCCCAACGAACCAACAUAUUGUUUAUGUCAUCAAGUGUCUUAUGGAGAAAUGAUUGGAUGUGAUAAUCCCGAUUGUCCAAUCGAAUGGUUUCAUUUUGCUUGUGUUGGGUUGACUACAAAACCCAAAGGAAAAUGGUAUUGUCCCAAAUGUACACAAGAUAGAAAGAAGAAAUAAAGAUAAUCUCAUCUUGUUAAGUUAUAGCGGAAUGAAUUCGAUAUAAUUUAUUUGAAAAGAAAAAGACUAUUUAUUUUUUGUUUUAAUAUGCAA